GUUUCUGGCGGAGCUACAGCAUCGGUGUCGUGAACAUCAGAGGUCCCUGGAUUUCUGCUACAAAAAUACGUGAUAAUGCGGAGAUCGAGGACGGCCCGGGAGAAGAGUGGCGAGUAAAGGAACUCAAAUUCACAAUGGGAAACAGAUCAUCCAAGAGUGACAGCGGAGAGGAACCAGUGAAAACAACUUUGUUUGAGAGGGAGGUGAGUGGGAUAACCUACAGGAUUCCUGCCCUCCUGUACCUCAGACACAGCCACACGUUCCUGGCCUUUGCUGAGAAGAGAGCAUCUCCCUGUGACCACGAUGCCAAGAUUCUUGUCAUGAGAAGAGGAUCGCUGAAAGAUGAUGGAUCUGUUCAGUGGUCCUCCAGUCAGGAGCUUUCGUCUGCAUGUCUACCAAACCACCGCACCAUGAACCCCUGCCCGGUGUACGAGAAGAACAGCAACAUGCUGUUCCUGUUUUUCAUCUGCGUGUGGGGAAACACCACGGAGUGUAAGCAGAUCAUCACAGGUAAGAACAAGACGCGUCUGUGCUGCGUCAGCAGCGGCGACGACGGCCGGACGUGGAGUCCGGCGACAGACUUGACGGAGAGCGUCGUCGGAGAAGCCGUCCACAAGUGGGCCACGUUCGGCGUGGGCCCCGGUCACGGAGUCCAGCUGGAAAACGGCAGAUUGAUCAUCCCCGCGUACGCCUACUACGUCCCUUACAGAUGCGGCUCCUUCCCCAUCCCUUUCACGGUCUACCCGCGGGCUCUGUCGGUGUACAGCGAGGACUUGGGGCAGACGUGGCACGUUGGUAAGAUGCUUCAGAAGAAGUCGUGUGAAUGUGAAAUGGCAGAAAUUAUAGACCAUGAGGGCAGGAGUCAUCUAUACUGCAAUGCUCGUCGCACCGGGGGCCACAGAUGUGAAGCCCUGAGUGAAAACAGUGGCCUCUACUUUGACAAGCCCCACAUGGCUCCGGAGCUUGUUGAACAACCGUCGGGCUGCCAGGGCAGCGUCAUCGGCUUCCCCGCGCCUGAAUUCAUCCCCAACGACGAUGCCGAGAGCAAAGCUUGCGGCACGUCCCUCCUGUCGCCCGACACACAGACCUGGCUCCUCUUCAUGCACCCGACCAACAAGUCCAGUCGGAAGGACAUGGGUGUGUAUUUGAACCGAUCCCCCCUGCACUCCUCCGGCUGGGACAGGCCCAGGAUCAUCCACAGCGGCCCCAGCGGGUACUCGGAUCUGGCUUACAACGUGGACAGGGAUCGCUUUUCUUGCCUAAUGGAGUGCGGGACAGAAAGUGAACUGGAGCAGAUCGCGUUCAUGUCGUUCUCCCUCAACGAUGUCAUGCAGUCGUGCAAUAAGAAAGACAAGAAGAUGUGCUGAAUUGUUGGUUGUUUUAAUGUCUGUGUUAACAAAGCUCUCUCUAAUAUUAGCCGGCACCUGAAAAAAAAAUAAUUCCAAGUGACUCGAUAUGCUGUGGAGUUACAUUUGUCUGUGUUUACUAUUCUCCGUUGUGGAGACGACAGUGCAUGCACCAGUCAUGUGUUUUCUUGUUUCCAGGUUUACAAAACUAAUUCAAGUCUCAAUAUUAUUCACAUGUGUUCUAUAUUGAAAAGAAAAUUAUUUUUCAUAGGUUUGGUGGUUGAUUGCAAGCAUGCAGUGCUGGGUCCUUUUUUUAUUUAAACAGGCUUUGUGUGUCGUAUCUUUUGAAAAGCAUUCGAUACCUUAUCCUGUAUCUGUAUGAUGAAAUGUCAGUUUUUUCUGAAAUGUGGAAAGAAUGAUCCCUACCUCUUUUUAUUUCAGUAUGACCAUUAUAGCAGGCCUUUUAAAGUAGAGAGAGGAGUUCACCUCAUACUCAGUCUCUCCUUUACAUGUAGUAUCAUCUGAUUCACAUAUGCCUUCAAUGCUAUCCUUUACACCUUAUACGCUGUGCAACAGCCUUUCAACCUGCACAGGGUUCAGUGGGUGCCAUAAAACCUGACAGGAAGGACAAGCAUUUAGUAUAUUUAUAAGAGUAAGCUAAUCCACGAUGAGACCGACUACACUGAUCCCCAUCUGUGUUUGUUUGGCUUUUUCUUUCUUACAAUCAACCACAAGUAAACUUGAUUCCUUUAAAGGGAAAGUUCCGUUUUUUACAACCUGGACCUUAUUUCUGGCAUUUUUUAUGCUCGUAUACUCACCCAGAAAA